AUGAACCAGUCCGAGAUCCCCGAGCCGCUCGUCGACCCCACCAACAAUGAGGAGAUUAACAAGAACGUCUUCGUCAUCUUCGCUCACGGCAAGGAGAUUCUUGCCAAGAUCCGCAAGAUCUCCGAAUCCAUGGGCGCCGAGGUGUACAACGUGGAUGAGAACAGCGACCUUCGUCGGGACCAGAUCCACGAGGUCAACGCUCGUCUCAACGACGUCCAGAACGUCCUCCGCAACACCCAGCAGACCCUGAACGCUGAGCUUACUCAGAUCUCUCAGGCUCUGUCUGCUUGGAUGGUCCUCGUCACGAAGGAGAAGGCGGUUUAUAACACCCUUAACCUCUUUUCGUACGACCGUGCCCGCCACACGCUCAUCGCCGAGGGUUGGUGCCCGACUAACGAUCUGCCGUUGAUUCGGUCUACAUUGCAAGAUGUUACGAACCGAGCUGGACUUUCGGUACCUUCCAUCAUCAACGAAAUCCGCACCAACAAGACCCCGCCUACCUACAUCAAGACCAACAAGUUCACCGAGGCAUUCCAGACCAUUGUCAACGCCUACGGUACCCCCACUUACCAGGAAGUCAACCCGGCCCUCCCGGUCAUCGUUACUUUUCCUUUCCUCUUCGCCGUCAUGUUCGGUGACUUUGGACACGCCGUCAUCAUGGUGUCUGCCGCGCUGGCUAUGAUCUACUGGGAAAAGCCUCUCAAGAAGGUCACUUUCGAGUUGUUUGCCAUGCUUUACUACGGAAGAUAUAUUGCCCUGGUUAUGGGUCUCUUCUCGCUUUUCACCGGUCUCAUCUACAACGAUGUCUUCUCCAAGUCCUUGACGCUCUUCGACAGUGCCUGGAAGUGGGAGGUUCCCGAGGGUUACAAGACUGGACAGACUCUUACGGGUAAACUCAACGAUCAUGGCUACCGAUACCCGUUCGGUCUGGACUGGAGAUGGCACGACACAGACAACGACCUCCUCUUCAGCAACAGUUACAAGAUGAAGAUGAGUAUCGUUCUGGGUUGGGCCCAUAUGACCUACUCUCUCAUCUUCGCCUACGUCAACGCCAAGCAUUUCAAGAAGCCGAUCGACAUCUGGGGUAAUUUUGUCCCUGGCAUGAUCUUCUUCCAGUCCAUCUUUGGCUACUUAGUCAUGUGCAUCCUCUACAAGUGGUCUGUCAACUGGAACGACCCGCAGAACCCCCGCAACCCGCCUGGAUUGCUGAACAUGUUGAUUUACAUGUUUUUGCAGCCUGGUACUCUUGAGGAGGGCGCGGAACUUUAUCCUGGACAGGCCGGUGUCCAGGUUUUCCUCUUGCUUCUCGCUGUUAUUCAAGUCCCGGUUCUAUUGUUCCUGAAGCCGUUCUACCUCCGCUGGGAGCACAACCACGCUCGCGCCAAGGGCUAUAGGGGCAUUGGAGAGAGCUCUCGCGUUAGUGCUCUCGAUGGCGACGACGAGGAAGAACAGGGCCUCAACGGCCGCCCCAGCUUUGAGUCUGAUGGUGAGGGCGUUGCUAUGAUCACGCAAGACCUACACGGCGACGAGGAACACGAGGAGUUCGAGUUCAGCGAAGUCAUGAUCCAUCAAAUCAUUCACACCAUCGAAUUCUGCUUGAACUGCGUUUCUCACACGGCUUCGUACCUCCGUCUUUGGGCCCUGUCGCUUGCCCACCAGCAGCUCAGUGCUGUGCUUUGGUCCAUGACUCUCGGCCCUGCGCUCAAGUUCAACGGCAUCUUUGGUGCCAUUGCGAUUGUUGUCAUCUUCUACAUGUGGUUCUUCCUUACCAUUGCCAUCUUGGUCAUGAUGGAGGGUACCAGUGCCAUGUUGCACUCUCUCAGACUGGCCUGGGUCGAGUCCUUCUCCAAGUUCGCAGAGUUUGCUGGUUGGGCAUUCGCCCCCUUUUCCUUCAGUACUACGUUAGAAGAGUCCGAUGAGCUGAAGGAGUAUCUGGGUUGA